GCGUGAGGACAGGUUCAGAGGGGGCGUGGCUUGUAAACUAACUGCAGCAGGUAGAAUUUUAGUCGAAACCUCACCUGGAUCACCGGAAGUGAUCUGAGCGUAUGAGUAGUCUUUUUCUCCGCACCAGCUCGGACGCUUUUUCCUUGUUUCCUGAAAUGAGCUCACCGAGCAGCAGCCGGAUGCCUGGAUUCCCACCAGACCCGCCCCCUUCAGAGUGCCAUGGUGAUGCCAUCCCCACCACUGAGGGAACCCAGCUAGUGGACGUCAGCUGGAGCCAAGAUGGAGACCUUCAGGGAUGUGGACGAUUGGAGAGGAGGUGGGUCCUCUGGCACGAGUUUAUGAAGGAACACGCUGAACUGGACACCUGGCUGCGAUUCGCCAAGCAGGUUGUCAGUUGCCCCAACCCCGCCCAUGUUACCUAUGUCACUGCCAAGGAAGAAAUGAGGAUGUUUGAGAGGCUGCGGUGUGAGGCCAGGUCUCGGCUUGGUCAGUUGGACACUUUGACCCGGAGGAACCGAACACUGACUCGGCUGUUUCAGGGCGCCAUUCAGGCCCGGCUUCUGGCGUCAGCGAGGGAAUGCGGGCAACGAUGGGACGACGUGAACACAAAACUGGAAUCCAUCACCGGCCGACUCAAGCUCUUUGUCUCGGAGUGGGAGGGGUUUGAGGCAGAGAGGGAGGCGCUCGCUCUCUGGUUGGCUGACCUGGAAGUCCGUCUGACCAAGGUGGAUCACCUGACAGGAAACACCUGCGCAAAGUUGAAACAGCUGCAGACCUUCCAGCAGAGUGUGUGUGUGAACUCGGGCCGUGUGAACGUCCUGCUGCAGCGCGGCGAGGCCUUGAUCCAGCGCAGCGAACCGGUUGAUGCUCAGCGUGUGGAGGGUGGUCUGCUGGAGCUGCUGCGGAGCUGCAGCCUCGUCUACAGCAACAUCGCACGAACACACACACGGCUGCUGAGCAUGAGACUGGUGUUUGAGGAUGACUGGAUUCUGUCUCAGGCUACAGACUCUGGUUGUCCAUCAGAGACUCUAUUAGAGGAAGAUGGAGCACUUGAUGUAGCCAACCUGGACCUCCCUGCAUUUCCAAACCAUCCUAAAGAUUUCAGCCAGUUAGCUAACCCCACCCUGGCCUUCUCCUCACCCGUUCAUCUCCGUCCUUCUACCCAUGAGCACCUGGGGUUGGAGUGGGACCCCUCUGUGGAUAUUGGAGGCUCUGUCUCCCAUGAAGACGCCGACUCGUCGUAUUUCAGUGCCAGAACAGGUCUUUGCCACAGAGAUGAUGGGAAGAGGCUGAGCUACCUCAGCUCCCUUGGCUCUCAGACUGAUAGCAAUGACAUCACCAAUCAGGAAGCAGAUCUGCAUUUGGAAGGAUGGCUUGACCACGCCCACCCCAGAGUCCUCUCACCAGUAGUGACCCAGGGGGGCGGGAUUCGGCCAAAUGGAGAACAGGGGGCGACCUCGACUCCUGACAAACAGGACAGAGAACCGGUCUGCUUUGAUGGCUGCCGUGUGAGGGCGUGGCUGGGUGUCCAGGGCCCCACCCCUCCAGAGAGGACGACUUCCUGUUCCAAAGCUGUGCAGACUGACGGGCAGGUGAAGGCUGAAGAAGAGCGGCCCUGUUGUGAGGAAGCUGAGCGUCUUCUCUCUGAACCAAGUGUGACCUCCAGCAGCAGGCCUCUUUCCAGCCUGCUCUCCCCAGCCCUCCUCUGCCUCUUUCUGGCUGAAGCUCUGGCUCUGCUGGCCUGUCUGAUCUGGAUGACCCUAGAGCCGCCAUGUCACUACAGUGGCCGGACACUUCGAGGCUUACACCUGGCACUGAGGUACGUCAACGGACCCCCACCUACAUAAGACCACCCAGAGACCCUCAUGACCGUCCAAAAAUCAGAAAGGGUCUGACUUAUAUGGCUGUUUAUUUUAUAUAUAUAUAAAAAAUAAAUGAUACUUAUGGUUGUAGAAACAGCAUUAGCCCUGUAGAGAGAUGAAGUCAACAGUCAUAUCCAGAAAAGCUUUGUGCCCACAUUACUACGUAAAGAGAUUUAAUGAAGCAGAAGCUUAUAGUUAUAUUAUUAAAAGAUGGGUUGCCUUGCUUACACAGGUUAUACUUUAAACUGUGCUAAUGUAGCUAAAGCUAAAUGACUGUGUGUAACACUUUGACUGCCAUUCAUGUGGAAAUUAUGAAGUAUGUUGUACUUGAUAUAAAUCACUACUGCCUUGUUACACUGUGACAGCACUUGUAUUUAUAAUUCAUUAAGAUGUUUUGCAAAGUAACAAAAUGAAAUGUACUUAAGUUAACAUUUAAUGUCUUUUUUUUUUUUUUACGUUUUAGCCUACUACAUAUCUGUUCAUUGCUCCUGGCCUUUUUCCAAACAAUCAAAAGUGUAUAUGUUUUUUUUUUCCACUUAUUUCCAGGCAGCUUUUGGUUUCAGUUAAUUUAUCUAAAAAUCAGUUUGCAGCCACUUAAAACCUUCAGCAGAGAAAUAAUCCAUCAGUGAUGAAUGUCUAUUUAUUGAAGCCAAAGUUGUGUUUUUGGUGUCGUGUGAAGCAUUUGAAAGUUCUGUACGGCUUUUCCAAAGACCAAUAAUUUCACUGUGACCAAAAUCAAAGCAUGAUGGAGCUAUAGUUUCACGUCUCAAAGACACAGACACAUUUCUGUUUUUACUCAAUGUUCAAACUCAGAAGUGUGUAAUGAUUCAUCUUUGUCAAUAAUGUCAUGUCCCAGCCUAAAGAAGGUCCUGCCUGGUUUAUCAUUUUGGAGACUGAAGAGUUCCAGUUAACCAGCAAUAUGUCACAGCUGUAGGAAAAACAGCUGUUUGUGAAUUUAGCUUGCUUUGGACGACCAGUGCCUCCUCACAAACUGUGGGUUUGAGCUGCUUGUCUUUGUUUUGUUUUGUUAUUAUAUUAGUGGACAUUUUUUCUUUAGGAAGAGUAGAUAGUUGAGUAGAUUUACUUUGAAACCCAAAUGUCUCAGUGCAAAAUGUCAGUCCAUGCUCCCUAAAAAGGUUAAUUUCAAGAGGAUCACAUUUUUGUCAGUUGCUGCAUGAUGAUGACGACGAUGAUGAUGAAGUUGAAGAUGUGUUUGGAGCCUUUAAGAGUUUUGACAAAAUCAUAGAAAAAGGAACUUUAUAAGUCAACUGUAAUCUUAAACAUUUCACUUUUUAAUUUGUCAUUGUUUCAAAAACAGAUAUAGCUUUCAA